CGCCCAACCGAUGCCAUUGUUUGUGUGCUCAGCUUAAACCGUGAAGCCGCGCAAAGAAUAGGACACUUGAGACACUUCGAUCAACCUAGUGCCUACCGCAUAACAAUACCAAUUUAACGGUUCAAAAUCGAAAUAAAUCAAUUGAUCCAUAUUUGACGAUACUUGCAUAAUCAAAGAAAAAAUGGUGAAAGUGUCCAACCGCAAGAUGCAAUAGGAAUUGUACGAAUUGGCAAUUUGUUAAUCCGACCGACACAUUUUCAGGUAAAUAAACUGCAAAUUUCAAAACUUAUUCCUCCACGACAAAAUCGAGUAUAAAUAUCGAUUUUUCCUUCCAUCUAAUCAGUUCAAAAUCGGGUUCGAUUCAAUCCAUAUAUCGAGAACAAUGGUGACGGCUAGUAAAGGAAUUUUUGUCGUAGCUUUAAUAGUGUUAGUAGCAGUUUGUGCGACUAAUGGCAGAGAGAUUAGAAGGGAUAAACGCGAAGUUUUCGAUUUAGAACCAGCGGAAUCCAAACAUUACAAGAAAGGUGGUGGUAAGGAGCAUCACUCCGAACACCAUGACAGCCAUGGCGAAAAGGGUGAUAAGGGCUAUAAAGGCCACCAUUCUCACGAAAAAGGCGAAAAAGGCCAUCAUGACAAAGAAGACCACAACAAACACUACGAAGAGCACGGUGGGCACAAGAAAAAGCACCACCACGACGACGGCUACUACGGCGAACAUCACAAGGGCGAAAAGGGAGAGAAAGGUCAUAAAUUCGGCGAGAAAGGCUCCUACAAGAAAGGGCACAGCACACAUGGAGGUCACGAUGUCCACAAAUUAGACGAAUUCAAAAAAGAAAAACACUUUUACGAUGAAGAUCAUGACGAAGGCCACCACUCUAAACACGGUGGUUUCCACCACGAAGAUGGAUACAAGAAGGGAGGUCAUAAGAAGGGCGGACACAAGAAGGGCGGUCACCAUGAAGAUCAUUAUGGUAAAAAGGGUCAUCAUGAGCAUGGUUCGCACUAUCAUGAUGAGAAGGGGCACAAAGACGCAGGCGGUCAUGAUGAACACUGGCACCACGACUCCAAGUACGGUAAAAAGGGUGGUCACGAUGAUCACAAAAAGUGGGGAUAUGAAAAACAUGACAAGCACUGAGAUUUCCUGUUUUGUUCACAUUUUGUUGUUGUUGAUGAUGUUUGAUGUUUAUUAUAGAAAAUAAAUCUUUUCUACUAA